UGAGACUUUAAUUGAAUGGGUCGUUUAAAUGCUUUCGCACACACGUCACAAUUGAAAGGUUUACCCUCAUUGUGUAUACGCAUGUGUGACUUUAAGUGCUGUUCAAGACCAAAACUUUUACCACAGACAUCACAGGUCAUCGAUGUAGCUUCAACAGAUACGUUGUCGUAUUCAGUAUCUGAUGUGGAUGAUUCUUCUGUGUCACCCAUCCAGGUCAUUAACGCAACCAGUUCAUCUCCAUCAACGGUUAACAAUUUAUCCAUGACAAAUUUCACUGAGAAUAGUAUUACGUUAAAUACAACUUUAACAGCUGAAACAGAAUUAAUAACAAUCACUGAUUUUACUGCGACUACUUUACUUACAACAAUUCGUGAAUCAAAUGUGUUAAAUAAUGCAUCUGUUACUGUUAGUCCGUCAAAUGACAUUGUAUCAAAUAUUCUAAGCAGCACUGACAUGGUAUCUCUCUUUCCAAGUACUGACCUGGACACAGGAACAGAUUUGUAUGGAAGUGAAUCCAUCUACGAUACACACAGUAAUGUUUUAUCAGCUUCUGAAAAUGCUAAUUCUUCUGGAAAUGUUUCAACCGUUAUGGUAGAAUCAAGCGGAGACAUAAUGCCUUCAGUGUCUUUUACCGCCGUUAGUAAUAACAUGACAUUAACCGUAAUUGCAACAAUUUCAGAUACAUCUGCCUCCGAUAAAAAUACUGUAAUUCCUACGAUUGAAACGUCUUCUAUAAGUCAAACUAUUGUAGAACCUUCCUAUACUAUUUUUCCAACAGUCACAAGUAUCACACAAACUUUAAAUGAAAAUUCUUCUCAAUUACAUACAACAGAAUAUCGCUCAACUCAAACUGAUUUUCCUAAACCAUUAACAACAUUAACCUCAUUUGAAAUGAAUUCUACAUUAAGUUUUCCAUUAACAACGUUCACAAUGCAGACUACCUCAACACUUCAAGGAGAAUCUUUCGAAACAAGAUUUAGCAGCGCAACUCAUUCCUUUACAAUAACCGACACUGUUACUCACUCGGUUAUUUCAUCAACCAACAUUUCAUCUUCUUUGUCGACAAGUAUAGCUCCGUCUAUAUCAACCAAUAUUUCAACUUCUUUGCCGACUAGCGUGUCAGCUUCAUUGUCAGCUAGUAUUUCAGCUUCUUUGCCGACUAGUAUUUCAGCUUCUUUGCCGACUAGUAUUUCAGCUUCAUUAUCGGCUAGUAUAACAGCUUCCUCAACAAGUUUUAUUUCAUCUACUGACAUAUCGUCGUCAAAGACAUCUGUUAUUCCAACGGCAUCAUCUUCAGUUAUCAACACAUCAACAGAAUCGACUACACAGAUAAUACAAAACGAAGAUCAGCAAUCACAGCCUUUACCGGCCAUUAUUGGUGGUGUGAUAGGGUUUGUUCUUACAGUUGUACUGAUUGGUAGUGUUACACUGUACUUAUGGAGAAGACAACUGUCUUGCUUUAGUGGUAAGCCAAUGAGAAAGUCUAACAAUGGAGAGGACAAUGUUGCGUUUGUAGAAGAAGAAUUAGCUGAUGUAAGACGAUCUCGACCAGUUAAGUUAUCAGACAUGGGCUCGCAUUUUGAACAAUUAUCAGCUGAUUCUAAUUUACUAUUUUCCCAAGAUUUUCAGGAUCUUAAUAUAUUGAGUCCGGAAUUUCCCACCACAGACGCUGAACUUCAGGAGACAAGGCUAAAAAACAGAUAUACCAAUAUACUGCCAUAUUUCUGUGUUUAUACUACGCAGUUGUUCUCAUCUAGUGAAUUUAUGAACAUUGCAAUUUCUUACAUUACUAUCCAUACUGCAAAAAAAACUUCAAAUGAAAACUACUACAUGUGUUUUUAUGAUAUUUGCCUUUCUAUUCUAGUCGAUAAGACACGUGUAAAACUGUUGCCAUUUGAGGAUGAACCUGGAUCCGAUUAUAUAAAUGCGAACUAUGCACUGGGAUUCACAUCAGCUCGGGAAUACAUAGCAGCACAAGGACCAUUAGCGUCAACAAUAAAUGAUUUCUGGAGAAUGAUCUGGGAACAGAACGCUAGCAUUAUAGUCAUGUUAACACAAUGCGUUGAAAGAGGAAGGAAAAAAUGUGAGCAUUAUUGGCCUAUGCUGAAUGAGUCUUUAUACUAUGGUGAUAUAGUAGUACAGCUUGAUAGUGAAUCGCAUUUACCGGAUUUCAUCCUUAGAACAUUUAGUUUGAGAGUGGGCGAUUUAGAGAGAAAAGUUCGGCAUUAUUAUUACUUACUAUGGCCAGACAUGGGAACACCAGCAUGUACUGAUUAUAUGAUUAGAUUUGUAUCUACAAUAAGAUGUGACGUACGACCGGAUAUGACUGGUCCUAUCGUUGUCCAUUGCAGUGCUGGUGUUGGUCGAACAGGAACUUUCAUUACCCUAGACACAUUAAUUAGGAAGAUACAGAAUGGGGAUGAUAGUAUAGAUAUAUUUGGACAAAUCUUACAGUUGCGACAUUGUCGACUUAAUAUGGUACAAACAGAGAGUCAGUAUAUAUACAUCCACGAGUGCAUUCGGGAUUUCAUGCGUCCUGUUGCAGAGAGUGUGAACGGUCACGACACUGAACAACUGUAUGAAAAUACAUCGAUGUUUUGAUCCUAUUAUCAUUGAAGUUUUCAAGACUACAUGUAUAUAUGGAAGAGGCUCGAAGUUGAAGCAUAUUGUCACUACACGAACUUAUGGUCACAUGAUAACAGUGUGUAUUGCUAUCCUUUUACAGAUUCCAAACACACAAUGUGGAUUUUCUGAUUAAAUAUUCCUUCAAUUUUGACAAAACUGUACCAUUAAAUGCUAAAAUAUGA